AUGUCUCUCGAACAAAGCGGGGUUGGGAGGCGUCCGUUUCACCAGCCGAUUGCCAACACACCAGGCACUACCGCAACAGAACCAGAUAGCUCUGCCGUCUUUCAUCGUAGCUUGUCGCACAAGUUCCUCCGCCUGUCCCGUGGAAAGAGGAACAAGCUUUUCUUCGAAGAUGGUCGGUCCGUAAUCGACGCGUCAGGGGGUGCAUCCGUUGCUUGCAUCGGGCAUGGCGACCCUAGAGUGAAAGAUGCCAUCGCCGCCCAACUCGACAAGAUCUCUUAUUGCGCAACUAUCUGGUACACGACAGAUGUGUGUGAAGAACUCUGCCAACAACUCGUGAGCUCAACCCAUGGAAACAUGACCAAGGCUCUCAUUGUGUCGUCUGGAUCCGAGGCCAUGGAAGCGGCCAUGAAAUUAGCCCGGCAAUUCUUUCUCGAAAAACCCAUUCCAGAACCCCAUAGGGUCAACUUCAUCGCACGUCAACAUUCAUAUCAUGGUACGACUCUAGGUAGUUUGUCCAUGGGAGGACACGUGUACCGACGAGCCAAGUUUGAGCCGAUGUUACUGAAAAACAUAUCGAGAGUUUCUCCAUGUUUCUCUUACCGAUUCCAAGACGCUGGUGAGAGUUGUGAGCAAUACGUCUCCAGGUUAGCGCAAGAGCUUGACGCGGAAUUCCAAAGGAUUGGUCCUGAAACAGUCUGUGCCUUCGUGGCCGAACCUGUAGUGGGCGCGGCUCUUGGUGCCGUCCCAGCAGUCACUGGCUACUUCAAAGCUAUGAGGCAAGUGUGCGAUAAGUAUGGUGCCUUACUCAUCCUGGACGAGGUAAUGUGCGGAAUGGGUCGUACGGGCACUCUUCAUGCUUGGGAGCAAGAGGGCGUGGUGCCUGACAUUCAGACGCUGGGGAAAUGCCUAGGAGGAGGCUAUCAACCCAUUGCGGCAGUACUCGUAAAUGCUAAAGUGGUGGACGUUUUGUCCAGUGGUACAGGAGCAUUUGUGCAUGGGCACACAUAUCAAGGACAUCCAAUUGCCUGCGCCGCGGCGCUUGAGGUGCAAAAGAUAAUCAAAGAGGAAAAACUGCUGGAGAAUGUUCAGACCAUGGGCAGUCUGCUUUCUCGGAGGCUGAUCGAGGGCUUGUCUCGUCAUCCAAAUGUGGGCAGAAUUUCAGGACGAGGGCUGUUCUGGGGCAUUGAAUUCGUGGCAAACAAGGAGACGCGCGAACCCUUCCCUGUCGCUUCAGGUGUCGCAAUGAACAUGGCCGAGCUGGGCCUCAACGAGGCAUAUGGCAUUGCCAUAUAUCCCGGAACUGGCACCGCCGAUGGGGUUCGAGGAGACCACGUGAUAAUCUCACCGGCUUACAAUUCAACAGCUGAGGAAGUUGAGGAGAUCGCGAGCAUCUUUGAGCGACUCGUCACCGAUUUCUUCGCCAUGGCCGUCGGGCUCACCAAUGGUCGGCAUGCGGCGGACGAGGAGGCACGCGCUGAAGUCGACGUCCUGAACUCCCGUCUGGACAAGACAACCCAGCUGACCAAGAAGAUACAAUCAUGUCUCGGCAGACUCGAGGUGACGGGGAAGAACGUGCGCGACGUGUCGGCGCCGCUCAAUGGCGAGACCAAGAAGCUCCAGAUCCUUGGGAACAACAUCGAUGCCGUUAUCGCAGCGAUAGAACGCCUACGCCAGCCCGCAGAUUCCAAGAACGACGAAGAGCAAAUCAUCCGCCAGGGUCCCGACAAGGCUGGCUUGUCUAAUUAUCUCAACUCCAUCCAGCGCCUGACCAGGGCACUGCAAAAUAUGGAAACCACCAACCUGCGCGCAAAUCAGCAGACCAAGGCCGAUCUGCAGAGGCUGAUACAGAAUGGAAACGCUUCCCUCGAGAGCCAUUUCGACAAGAUUCUGCGCGGCGAAACCCCCAUAUCCGUCGAGCCUCUGAACUUUACCACAAAGGGCAAGCCGUUCCCUGUCAUUGCCCAGGACAAGAUAUCCCGCCUGAGCUUGAUCAAUUCUUACGUGGGGAGCAAUGCGACCACGGAGAACCCUCUUGUCAAAAUAUACGCCGAGGUCAGGGGCCAAUACCUCCAGAAGACUCUGGUGAACCUGGCCUUUGCCAGCGUCAACACUGCAAAGAAGACUAGCCCCGGCACCCUCUACAAGGCGGGCACCAAUGGUAUCGGCGAGUACGCCAAGGCGCUCGAGGGCAUGUGCGUUGCAGAACACGAAAACAUCUGCAACAUUUUUACCAGACAGGACUGGGGCGCUGUCCUGCAGCUGACAUGUCAAGUCCCCAUGGCAGAGCUGGCGCGCACCGUUCGCGAGCUCAACAACCAUAUUAAAGCGCACUUGGCCACGGAUUGCUUCCUUGCAUAUGAGAUAGUCGAGAUAUUGUCAAGUUUGGCGUCCAGUCUCGAGGAACGCACGGGAGAGCUUAAGAGCACAUUAGCAGCCGCCUUGAAACCCGUCAGGGAGACUGCCAAGCUCUCCAUGGCUGAGCUGCUGGACGAGACCAAACAGAAGAUCAACAUGAUUCAGACCUUGCCGCCAGACGGAGCACCCAUCCCAGCUGUGUCCGCCACCAUGCAGCGUAUGCAGACUAUGGUCGAGUUCCUCCGGCCCAUAUCAAGCAUCGUCAUAUCGCUGGGGAACGGUGGCUGGAAAUCUGCAGCCGCAGCGAAUAACAGCACAGACGCUAUCCCGAGUCUCGCUUCCUUCGACAUUGGAGCCGAUGGGAAAGACAUCUUCGCACAUUACUGCACAGAUACCAUCGAGGCACUAUUGUCUAAUUUGGACGCCAAGGCCAGGUUGCUGCUCAAGGGCAGGUCGGUCCAAGGUGUCUUCCUAGCCAAUUGCAUUACUAUCGUUGAACGCAUGGUUCUAGAAUCUGGCCUAGGACCACUCCUGGAAGGCAGGCUCGGCGUAUUGGACACGUGGCGUAAGAAGGCCAAGGCCAUGUACGGUGAAACCUGCAAAGAACUAUCCAUGCAACUCUUCGAUGUUAUACACACCAAUCGCGCACAGCGACCUCCUUCGGGUACUAACGAAUCCGCCUCGGUUGUCAAGGGCUUGAGCAGCAAAGACAAGGAGAGUAUCAAGAACAAGUUUCUCGCCUUCAACGCCGGUUUCGAUGACUUGGUGGUCAAGCACAAGACUUACAGCAUGGAGCGAGAAGUUCGCAACAUGUUUGCCAAGGAUAUUCAGCAGGUACUGGAGCCACUGUACAACCGUUUCUGGGAUCGUUAUCACGAAAUCGACAAGGGCAAGGGCAAGUACGUCAAAUAUGACAAAUCAAGUAUCGCUGCCGUCUUCCUGUCGCUCUUCUAA